AAUGAACUUUUAUGUACAACACACAGAUAGCAAUUUCGUUCUGGGAAAUGCUCAGGCCCAGGGUUAUCCGAUCGUCUAUUGUUCGGAUGGCUUCUGUGAGCUUACAGGAUUCGCAAGGGCUCAAGUAAUGUCAAAGAGUUGCGCCUGCAGGUUCCUACAGGGCCCGGAAACAGCCGAUGAAGAAAAGGUUAAAAUCGAUAAAGCUCUAGAAAAACAUGAAGAGCUCAAGACGGAAGUAAUGUUCUACAAAAAAGAUGGCAGCGCCUUCCUUUGCUUACUCGACAUUGUCCCUAUUAAGAACGAGAAAGGAGAAGUUGUCCUCUUUCUUGCAUCGCAUAAGGAUAUUUCCAAUGAAAAAUCAGUGGCUUUCGAAGGAUCUGAUGGUAUAUUAGGCGAUGCCAAAGGGGAUUUAAAUUUGCUCAAACAACGGCGGACAAGGUGUGGAGUAGUCCUCCCACCUGGUGGAGAUCAAACAAGUAAUGAGAAGUCCGAUGACAGCUACAAAUAUUCAAGAAGGAGGAGCCGAGCCGUCCUCUAUCAUUUAUCCGGCCAGUUUGACAAACAAAAGAACACGAAGAGCAAGCUACAGUUGAAUAAAAUAAAAAAUUUUUCCGGAAGCACUCAAAUUCCAGAAUACAAAGUUCAAGAAAUUAAAGCGCACAAAUUUAUCAUUUUACAUUAUGGAAUAUUCAAAAUUGGCUGGGACUGGUUGAUUUUAUUCUGUACUUUUUAUAUAGCCAUAAUUGUGCCAUACAAUGCUACUUUUGGGUCACAGCCAAAAAAUGGCACAAAUAGCUUUGUACCACCUCCGGGUGCUGAUGAGGAUAAAUCAAGGGCUUCCAUCGUCAGUGAUGUUAUGGUAGAGAUGCUAUUUAUUAUUGGUCAGACAAAAUACUACAUAUUUGUCUUAAAAAUUUUAGAUAUCAUUCUUAACUUUCGAACAACCUAUGUGAGCAAGAGUGGUCAAGUGGUGUACGAACCGAAAUUAAUUGCCAUAAAUUAUUUACGUGGUUUAUUCCUGUUAGACUUGCUUGCAGCAAUUCCGUUUGAUCUGCUUUACGCUUUCCAAGUUAACACUGGAACACUAAUUCACUUGCUUAAAGUGGCGAGACUGCUGCGUCUUGCGAGACUCAUGCAGAAAUUAGAUAGAUAUUCACAAUACAGUUUCGUGGUGCUCACUUUACUGAUGGCUAUGUUUAGCGUUUUGGCUCAUUGGCUGGCCUGCAUUUGGUACUAUAUUGGUAUAAAAGAAUCUAGUAAUAAUGGAUGGUUAUACCAGCUUAGUGAAAAACUAGACGAACCGGUUGUAAACAAUACAUUUAAGAUUCCCUCUAAGGGAACUGCAUAUAUUUCCGCUCUCUACUUUACCUGCACGUCGCUAACGAGUGUUGGCUUUGGUAACGUCUCGGCUAAUACAAAUGCAGAAAAAGUGUUUAGCAUUAUUGCAAUGCUAAUAGGGGCUCUGAUGCACGCCCUUGUCUUUGGUAAUGUUACGGCCAUCAUCCAACGAAUGUAUGCUCGGCGAACCACAUACCAUACAAAAACACAAGAUUUGAAGGACUUCAUCAGAGCGCACCAUAUUACGAAACCAUUAAAGACUCGAAUGCAAGAAUUCUUUCAGACAAGCUGGUCAUUGAACAACGGUAUCGACUUGGAUUCUAUCCUCAAAGAUUUCCCUGAAGAGAUGAGAGGAGACAUCUCUAUGCAUCUUCAUAGAGAUAUAUUAUCUUUACCGGUGUUUGAAAAUGCAUGUCAAGGAUGUCUUAAAACUGUUGCCCAACAAAUUAAAACAGUUUUCUGUGGCCCUGGAGAAUAUUUAAUUCAUAAAGGCGAUGCUGUUCAGAGUAUAUUUUUCGUUUCUUCUGGAAGCAUGGAAAUUCUAAAACAAGGCAUGGUAGUGGCAAUUUUAGGAAAAGGGGACCUCUUUGGCUGUCAUUUGUCUGACAUCAAGAAGGCAAUUGUUAAAAGCGGCUGCGACGUUAAGUCUUUAACAUACUGCGAUUUACAAUGUCUAUCCUUGAAAGGUUUACAGUCUUUGAUGGAUGUCUAUCCGGAAUUUGUUGAGAAGUUUGAAGAAGAUAUUCAACACGAUUUGACAUAUAAUCUUAAAGAAGAAAUGGAAAAUGCUGAUAAUGAAAUAAAUGGUGGUCUCUCGAUGACAUUACCAUCGAUUUCCGAAGAUGACGAAGAAGUUGAUGAAGAAGAUGAUGAUGACUGUACUGUUAUGCCUGCAAUUACAGUUAACAGGAAUACCUAUAAUACACAACAAGAGGAAAAACAAGCAGAAGUUUUAACAAAAUUGCUAUCGAGUGACUUAGAGGUCUCUAACACUCGCCGCAGGAGUUACGAGACAAAUACAAAAAAGAGAGGAAUAUUUCCACACUGCGAUACGAAUCUUCGAACUUACUUUACCGCUCCCCAACUUCAUACCAUUCCUCAAGAAAAGAAAUUCAACAAAAACGACUUUGCAACAUUUGAAGAGCUUGACGAAAAUGAGAAAGAAUAUCUAACGUUUGAAUGUUCAUCACACCAUUCUUCAAAAUCAGACAUACGACGUUUAGAUUCCCAAAUUAAUGUACUUCACGAAGAGGUUUCUUCCUUGAGAACAGACGUGAAAAGUAUAAUGAAAAUGUUACAUAUUCUCUGCUCUAACAGUGGUCCACUUUGCUCAAAACACUGUUUAUCGGACAACCCAUCUGACAAAUCAUCUCCAAAUCAUUCCCUAUCUACCUGCCGAAAGUGUUCGAGUAGCGAGGAGUUCUCCGAACAACCCCCUCCUUUAUCGACUGAUUUUUAA